UCUUGCUUAAAAGACGACAUCAGAAUGUGGUUUCAAGUUCAUUUCGUGAGCUGUUUUGCAGUUCUCUUGGGUUUGUCUCAGUUAAGCAGAUCUUCUGUGGUUCUCAGCAAAGGAGCGCAAGCUGGAGGCAUUAGCACUACCAAAGUCUACAGAGACUGCAGCCAGCUGCCCAGCAAUAGUCCAAGUGGUCUGUAUAUUAUUCAGCCUAAAGAUACCCACCCUUUAAUGGUGUAUUGUGAAAUGAACACAACUGGUGGUGGCUGGACUGUCAUCCAAAGGAAUAAUGGUUCUGGUGAGCUGACCUGGGAUGAAUCCUGGACAACCUACAAGUAUGGCUUUGGGGACAUUCUGCAGGACCACUGGUUGGGAAUGGAGUACAUCCACAAAAUAGCAUCACAGACAAUCUAUGAAAUUCGUUUUGUUAUCUAUGAUGCAUCAAACAAUAUGAAGUAUGCCGAUUAUAAUAUGUUCUUAUUGGAUAAUGAAAAAAAUGGCUACAAACUGAGAUUGGGCAGCUACUUCGGGACUGCAGGAGAUGGCAUGACUGUACCAGAAGCCAACAAGCUGCACGACAAUAGAAAGUUCUCCACCAAGGAUAAGGAUCAGGACAAUACUAGUGGCAACUGUGCAAGUGGUUAUGGUGGCUGGUGGUAUGAUGCAUGUAUUGCCUCAAAUUUAAAUGUAAAGAGUAGCCUGACCUGGUACAAUCUCUGCACAAAAUGCAUGGGGUCUAUCAUUCUGAUUCGGCCAUCCAGUAUAUGCAGAGGUGCUUAAAGAGAAAUGUAGUGGAGUGGUUAGAAGCUCCUAAAGAGGCUGAAAGUAAACACUCGCCAAAUGUUUACCUCCGAUUGUUAGAAUAACUGAUCCAUAUGCUUUUACCUUUUUAGUGUCAGCUCUACUGUUGGGUUGCAGACACUUUCAUGUGUUUAUCAGAUUUGCAACACAUUUAAUUUUUGCUUAACAUUUAUCACUUUGAAUUAAUUAAUCUUCUUCUUGGGUGUUCCUCCAUUUAUCAGAAAAAUAGAAUGUGGAUCUUUUUGUGAAAUCUAAUA